GCCUUAAAAAAAAAAAAAAAAACACGACAAUCAAACUCGACCCGACAGCAGUCACCGAAGAGGGCCGAUGAGAGGGAGACACCCAAAUCUCCCCCACGGUCCGCAGUCAGUCUCCUCUUAUGUUUGAAAGUGGGACUUACUGGAGGGUUUAGAUCCCCUCUGAGUUUGGACCGUGGUCUCCGGGCUGGAGUUUCUGUCAAGCCUGAACUGUGCCGAUCCUGCACCCAGACUGACUGACGGUGCUACGGCAGCACACGGGCGGCGAGGUGGUUCUCUCCGGGAUUCAUCGCCCCACGCGGGACGACAGCGCCACGUAGGACACAGCCCUGAAGUCAGACCAAUUUAAAACCCCUGCGGGGCUGCUUUUCCUCGGCCCUAACAGUGAAGUUAACGUCAGAUGCGAUGGGACGCCGGCGAUGAUCAACUCGGAGGAAAGUUGGGAGAGACGGCGCAUCAAAGGAAGUAUUCACAAAAAGGGACAUUUUUUGGAGCUCGUUUUAAGGUCGUUUCAAGCGCUUUGACAUGUUGGAAGUGACCACGGAGGAGGAGAGGGAGGAGAGCAUGGACGCGGAGCAGUGCCCCGAGGCGAACGGGGUCACGACGGUGGUGUCAGCCUGGCGGGUCCGGGGCCGCCCUCCGCUCAGCGUCCUGCUGACCACCUUCCUCUACUUGGCGGAGUUCAUCACCGCCGCCGUGCUCAGCAGCCGCUACCACAAGACGGAGGACGUCAUCUGGAUGAGCUUCACCAUCACCUUCAUGCUGGUGCCCGCCGUGCUCAUUCAGCUCACCCUGACCUUCAUCCACAGGGACCUGGGCAGGGACCGGCCCCUGGUCCUCUUCCUGCACCUGCUGCUGCUCGGCCCCGUCAUCAGGUGCGUUGAGGCCCUGGUGGUCUAUUUCAAGGCAGGUAAGCAGGAGGAGCCGUACGUCACCAUCUCCAGAAAGAUCAGCCUGAAGAAGGGGCGUGGGACACCCAUGGAGUGGGAGAUCGGACAGUCGGAGCGCAUUCUGGCCAUGCACAGGAACGCCUUCAAACGCACGGCCGUCAUCCAGGCUUUCCUGGGCUCCACGCCUCAGCUGACUCUGCAGCUGUACGCCACCAUUCAGGAGAAAUACGUCCUCCCUAUAAGAUUGACCCUGAUGGUCAUCACGCUGAUCUCCAUCACAUACGGGGCUCUCGUGUGCAGCGUCCUGGCGAUCCAGAUCAGAUUCGACGACUACAAGGUGCGGCUGCGUCCUGCCGCCUACCUGUGCAUGAUCGUGUGGAGAGGGCUGGAGAUCGCCACGCGUGUCACCGCUCUGGUCCUCUUCAGCACGGCGCUCACGCACUGGGUCAUCCUCGUCGGCAUGGUCAACCUGCUCUUCUUCUUCUUCCUCCCCUGGGCUGAGUUCUGGGUCAGGAAAGGCUCGCUGACUGAGGGCGUGGAGAAGGACUUCACCAAGCUGGACACCGUAGUGGUGCUGUGCAUGUUCACGCUGCUGUACGCCUGCAUCAACGUCUUCUGCUGGUCGGCCGUGCAGCUCGACCUCAACCACCGGGAGCUCAUCGAGAAAAAGCAGCACUGGGAUCGCCUGGCUUUGUACUACAGCAGCCGCUUCGUGGAGAACCUCCUCCUCAUCACGCUUUGGUACUUCUUCAAGUCGGACUUCUACGAGUACGUGUGCGCCCCGUUGCUGGUCGUCCAGCUGGUGAUCUGCUACAGCUUGGCCGUGCUCUUCAUGCUCCUCUUCUACCAGUUCUUCCACCCCUGCAGGCGCCUCUUCAAGCACAACGUCCACGACUGCCUGCGCUGCAUCUGCUGCCGUAAAGGGGGGCGCGGAGAGAGGGGGAAGCGGGGGAAGACACCCUCGUACUCCACGGCCGCCACCAUGGUGCUGGUGUCGGAGGAGCCCCUGGAGCUGCUGGACCCUCAAAACUCGCAACCUUUUGACCCCACCAACGAGCUGGGGGAGCGGGAGACGGCCAUCGUUGAAGACAUGAUGGAGGCGGCGUGAGAAUGGCCUCGACUCGGUAUUGACGCUGGGGGUGCGCUCAUGAUCAAGAGGUUAACACGAUGUGCUCGAGAACAAAUUUUCCCUCGUCUCUUAAGUGCACGAAACUUCACUAAUCCACGGUCCCGAUGGCGACUCCUCAUGUCGUUAUCGAGGACAAUUAUAUACACUAAGGGCACCACGAGGCCUCUGAAUACCAAAGAAUGUAGCAUGAGUUGUGCACAAAGGCCUCUGUUGAGGGAGCAGCACUGAGCCAGGUGUGAGGGAAACGUGCCAAGUGUGUCUGAAGUGCCUACAACACUGACCGCUACGUGCCCAGUUUACUUCCUUUCCGGGUUUUCACGUGUGAAAGCCCCUUUGCACAUGUUUGCAUCUGCACUUACGAAAAA